GGUGCUGCGCCGGUAGCUUCCCGCGGGCUCAGGAUAAGCCAUUGGUGCAAAUUGAAACGAUGGAGUCCAUGCUGAAUAAGCUGAAGAGCACUGUCACAAAGGUGACAGCUGAUGUCACCAGUGCAGUCAUGGGAAAUCCUGUUACCAGGGAAUUUGAUGUUGGGCGACAUAUUGCCAGUGGGGGUAAUGGUCUUGCUUGGAAGAUAUUUAAUGGAACUAAAAAAUCAACAAAGCAGGAAGUGGCUGUUUUUGUCUUUGAUAAGAAGCUAAUAGACAAGUACCAAAAAUUUGAAAAAGAUCAGAUUAUUGAUUCCUUAAAACGAGGUGUUCAACAGCUGACUAGGCUUCGACACCCUAGACUACUCACUGUUCAACAUCCAUUAGAAGAAUCCAGGGAUUGCUUGGCAUUUUGUACAGAACCAGUCUGUGCAAGUUUAGCUAAUGUUCUUGGCAGCUGGGACAAUCUACCUUCUCCUUUACCAUCAGACAUUAAAGAAUACAAACUUUAUGACGUGGAGACCAAAUAUGGUUUGCUUCAGGUUUCUGAAGGUUUGUCAUUUUUGCAUAGCAGUGUCAAAAUGGUCCAUGGAAAUGUUACUCCUGAAAAUAUAAUUUUGAAUAAGAGUGGAGCAUGGAAAAUUAUGGGCUUUGAUUUUUGUAUCCAAUCAACAAAUCCAUCUGAACAGGAGCCGAAGUUCCCUUGUAAGGAAUGGGAUCCAAACUUGCCAUCCUUGUGUCUUCCAAAUCCUGAGUACCUGGCACCAGAAUAUAUUCUCUCUGUGAGCUGUGAGACAGCUAGUGAUAUGUACUCUCUGGGAGCUGUUAUGUAUGCAGUGUUUAAUAAAGGGAAACCAAUUUUUGAAGUCAACAAACAAGAUAUUUAUAAAAGCUUUAGUAGACAGCUGGACCAGCUGAGCCGUUUAAGCUCCAGUACUCUUCAGAACAUCCCCGAGGAGGUGCGUGAGCAUGUAAAGCUACUCCUCAACGUAGCUCCAGCAGUCAGACCAGACGCAGAUCAAAUGACUAAGAUACCAUUCUUCGAUGAUGUAGGAGCAAUGACUCUUCAGUAUUUUGAUUCAUUAUUUCAAAGAGAUAACCUGCAGAAAUCACAGUUUUUUAAAGGACUACCAAAAGUUCUGCCAAAACUACCUAAGCGUGUUAUAAUUCAGCGAAUUUUGCCUUGCUUGACUUCCGAAUUUGUGAAUCCUGAUAUGGUACCCUUUGUGUUGCCUAAUGUUCUAUUAAUUGCUGAGGAGUGCACCAAAGAAGAAUAUAUCAAGCUCAUUCUACCUGAUCUUGGUCCUGUUUUUAAGCAGCAAGAACCGAUCCAGAUAUUGUUAAUCUUCCUGCAAAAAAUGGACUUGCUUCUAACCAAAACUCCACCAGAUGAAAUAAAGAACAGCGUUCUACCAAUGGUUUAUAGAGCCUUGGAAGCACCUUCAAUUCAGAUCCAGGAGCUUUGCCUAAACAUAAUUCCCACGUUUGCCAAUUUAAUAGAUUACCCAUCAAUGAAAAAUUCAUUAAUUCCAAGAAUUAAAAAUGCAUGUUUGCAAACUUCUUCUCUUGCUGUCCGGGUAAAUUCACUAGUGUGCUUGGGCAAGAUUUUGGAGUACUUGGAUAAAUGGUUUGUGCUUGACGAUAUUUUACCUUUUCUGCAACAAAUUCCAUCAAAGGAACCUGCAGUACUCAUGGGAAUUUUAGGUAUUUACAAAUGUACAUUUACUCACAAGAAGUUGGGAAUUACCAAAGAACAGCUUGCAGGGAAAGUAUUGCCCCAUCUGAUUCCUCUUAGUAUUGAGAACAAUCUUAAUCUCAAUCAGUUCAAUUCUUUUAUUUGUGUUAUAAGAGAUAUGCUCAAUAGAUUGGAAGCAGAGCAUAAAACAAAACUAGAGCAACUUCAUGUCAUGCAAGAGCAACAGAAAUCCUUGGACAUAGCCAACCAAAUGAGUGGGUCUGAAGAGGCAAGAUCUAGUGGUACAGGCAAUCAGAUUGACAAGGUAUUUAAUAAUGGAACUGACCUUCUAACUAGUGGAUCUGAUAGUAAAGAGAAUGAGAUGUCAUCAGUACAGAGAAAGGCCUCACUUACUCUGGAAGAGAAGCAAAAGUUAGCUAAAGAACAAGAACAGGCACAGAAACUGAAAAGCCAGCAACCUCUUAAGCCCCAGGCAACUACAGUAACACCUCCAGUGAAACAGACAAAAGACUUGACAGAUACCUUGAUAGAUAAUAUGUCAUCUUUGACCAGCCGUCCUAUCAACCAGGCUCAAGUUGCAUCUUCAAACAGCUUUUCCUCCGUUCCUUCUAUGGGUGUUGGAAUGGGAUUUUCAUCACCCAUUGACAAUACAAAGAGAAAUAUGACAAAUGGACUAAAUACAAAUAUGGGGUUUCAGACUGCUGGAUUCACUAUGGGAGCAGGUCUCGCUACUCAGAAUUUCUUCAGUGGUCCAAGUGCAACAGGGGCAACCAAGAUGAACAUUGUACCGCCUGCCAAUAUGCCAAAUUACAGUCCUAUGAGUGCUGCAUCUGCAAUCUCUCCAAUGACACAACAAAACAGACCCCCUGACAUGUCUGCUUUAGAUAAUCUUUUUGGUCCUCAAAAACCCAAAGUUAGCAUGAAGCAGUUGGCUCAGCAGAAAUCAAGCCAGUGGGUUAAUCAGUUUGUGCCACCGCCAGGGUCCCCAAAUGCAAGCAAUACGGCCUUGGGACCUCAGAUGAACAUGAUAGCACAGCCAGGCUUUGGUAUACAGGGUAAUCCUUUCUUUUCUCCUCAGAACUUCGCACAACCAGCAAACACAAUGACAAACAGCAGCUCAGCUAGCAAUGACUUAAAAGAUCUUUUUGGGUAAAAUGUUUCCUUUUCUUCUUUCAAAGAUUGAUGAAAUUUGGAUCAUGGGUAAGCUGAUUAACAUCUUGUUUCGAUUAAUUAAAGUAUGACUUGGGGAAACUUUGAACCCAGCAAAGUAAAGACUUUUGGACAGGAAAAAAGGCUGGUGUUUCAUUCACCUGGUACUGCAGUGGAAUUGUGUAAGUGCAAAGUUAUCUUACAUAUUAAAGAUUUCCUGUCUCUUUACCAACAUGAGAGUGCUGAAGGUAGGAUGCACAUAUUCAACUGAAAAAGAAGAAGUAUAUCAAAAUUAUUUGGAGAUGAACUCAGUCAACCCCUAUGAAAUUUCCUACGAAAUUUUGUUUUUUAUGUUCAGCAAAAAUGCUUAGGGGAUAAUGGCACUAUUGGAUGCAAACCUGGAGAAUUACUCAUGUUGCCUGAAUUUGUAACAAGCUGUCAUUUUGUCCUAUGACAGUUUGCAAAAAGAAAAUUCUUAAUGCUGGUCCAAAAAUUUUGAUAGCCAAAUUAUACAGAGACAACUCUUAACCAAUAACUAUGGGCAAAACUAAGAAGGGAGCAUAUUUUGACUUUCUUCUUUCACGUAAGCUAAUGUAAUGAAUGUAGUAGUAAACUAUAAAAAGCUUCAUCAGGCAUAAGAAGUUGUUCUAAAAUUUGGUUCAAGUUUGGGACAGAGUAAGAACACUGCUUCAAAGGUCAUGCUGGUUUAUAAUCUUUUAUAAUGCCAGAUCCAUGUUACAAGCCCCAUAGCAAAAGCAACAUACCACUUAAGCAGGAUUUUAAAAUACAUGUGGUGAUUUCAUCACAUUUACUAUAUAUUCCAUUGUAUUGGCUAAUAUGGUACUGCUUCUAACUGAUGUGAAAAAAAACUGUAGUAUGAAACCUCACAAAAUGAAUAUAUGUAAAAUUCACAUGUUGAUUGCCCCAACUGUGUAACUAAACACACGAUGUAGUUACACAGAAGUAUCUUGAAUGAAUUAAUAAUUUUUGGCUCAAUUGAGAAGAUGAAAAAGGAUCACCUUAUACAAUUUUCACAGGGUUGUGUGAAAAAGCAGACUGCCAUAAAUUGCCUUGACUAGAGUGAACUAUUUCAUUUUAAUUUUGGUUUAAAUCAAGUCCUUAUGAAGGAUAGAUUGACAUGAAGUGAUUUCUCAAAUAUGGAUUUGUAAGCUCUAGAGUGUAUCAUAAAUACACAGAUAUUUCAGAUCCUUUUUAUUGUAUUACUCUAAAUUCAAUAAAGGUCUCCAGAAAUCCAAAUAGUAGUUUCUUCUACUUCCAGAAGGUGUAUGUUCAGCUUUCCCAUGGUGGAAUCUCUGCUCUGUCAGAUACUACUGUUGGGUUUUAAUGUUUUUCCCUAAGAAUUUCAAAAGCUUUCUUAUCUAGUAUUUUGAAGACUAUAAAUGGUUAUUUUGAGAAGGAAAGAUCUAGUUACUUUUUUUAUGGAAAGCCUACCUGCUUUAUUUUUCAAAGCCUUUCACUGAAGAAACUCUUCUUUUGUUUGCUGCUUAAGAAACCAAAGGGCCUUAUGCUGUAAAUAUGACUUGUAUUUUGUUGUAUGUCACAGUUCUAAGUGGUGAUAGCAUUAAGCAUAUUUUUUAAAUUAUCCUUUAUGUGUUAUAGCUGCUGCAUUAGUCCUAUUAUUUUGAAAUACCUGGGACCAAUAAAUUCAUGGUCUUGAAAACAA